CUGGCCGAGUUCUCGCUCUCUUUCUCCGACCGAAAGCCCACGUUCCACAACUACGGCUUCAUCUACAAUAACAAGCCCGGCAAAACUUCCCUCCGCCGACUCUGCAUCGCUGCUCCCUUGCCUGCCAACCCAAGGUACCCAGAACGAAACGAGCCCUUCCCUGUUCUGCCUCACCACCAUCUCGGUCUCGGCCCCCUCACCUCACCGUUUCUCUAUACCAACGACUCUCACCUGACGUCGCGCCCACCGUCGAACGAACGCGACGAGCACCACCGGGUGCUUCCCCCUCCGACCGACCUCCUCAAGUCGGUCUGCGGUCCGCGAAUCCAAGGUGGCCGCCCAUCGCAACACAUAACCUGCUCUGUCGGCGCGGCUCCAGCACGCCAGCUCGUCGCGCCGAUGUGGUGGUUCUUCCGCAUCGUCGCCAGUGCCAUCUUCCUGUUGAGCAUAGUUCUGUCCAUACCCGUCGCCUUCGAUGUCGGCGGCAGGGACAGCGGUCUGGCCUACAGCCUGGCCCUCUCCGGUUUCUACUUUGUCUACUCCGCCAUCGCUGUCGUGACCCCGGAGAAGUCGCGCGUCCGCUGGGCUAUAUCUGUUAUCCUCCGCCUGUCGCAGUGGAUUGUCAUCCCCGGUCUUUUGAUCUGGGCUCUUGGCCGCUUCGCUGUUGACGCCGGUGCGACCAACUGGGUGGAGAGGACGCUGCAGGGUAUCACCACCUCCAAGUCGACGUCAUGGGGCGAAUGGGUCUUUGGCGAGGGCGGUGUCAUCGAGACCAUUACACUGGGUGGUUGGGAUAAGACGCUGAGCUACUCGAGCCCGGUCUUCCAGCUGUUGGAGGGUUUCUGUACUUUGCUCGUCAUCCAGGCGGCGGGCCAGAUCACAAAGUGGCUGGUAAACAGAGGACGAAGCGAUACUUGGGUUAUUAUCCUUCUCGCCAUCUCCGGGAGUGUGCUUGCUAGUGCUGUAUACUUCCUCUGGCGGGUCGCCCACUUCCCUUAUAUCGACAACUUCGAUGCCAUCCUUAUUGGGGUCACCAUGACAUCGGCCUUCUUCCUCUGCGCCUACGGAAUUGGAAGCGGCCGCGGAAACCCCAUCGAAUCUUCUCUUCUCUUCGCAUACGUCGUUUUGUGCGUUUACCAGAUUUUUACCGAUUACAAGCCUUCAGAAAACACGGCGGAUCACCAACAAUCGGCGCAACCUGAUUUCCCACCUCUACCACCUAUCAUCAUGGCAUCUUACUCGACACUCCUGCACAUGCUUGGCUCUCUACCUCACGCCGUGCAUUCUUCGCUCAGCCUCCUCUACGCUGCUUUCCAGACCAUCACUCCGUCUGUCAUCAUCUCCCUCGCCUUCAGACUUCUUGUCUUUUACUGCGCCACUCGCAUCAUCCCGGCAGUCCGUGAGUCUGGCGCCAGGGCUCUCAUGGAGGAGCCAUCUCUCGAAGAUACCGACGCCGCCAACUGGCUGAUUGGAAUCAUUACUUACUUCUCUCCCUCGAUCCUCAUCGCUAUGUACACAAGCUUGCUUCUGCAACAUUUCUCAACAAGCGACGGGCCAGAUGGAUGGACUCUCAGGGGAGGUGAUCCCGGUGGUAAUGUCUGGCGCUGGACAAACGUGGUCGGAACAAUGGCCCUGUACGCGAUUGAGCUGUACUUGGGCGAGGGAGACCAUGACGGUGGUCUGACAAAUCACUGGAAGCUGGAUUAA